AUGGAUGCGAUUUUGUCGGACUUUCGGGGGGGAGACGUUUUAUGCGAGCUUCUUGGAAGAGAGGGCGUGAAGCAUAUCUUUGGCUACCCCGGCGGCGCAUCUCUUCCGUUAGUGGACAGCCUCUACCGAGCCCAGCGAUUCGAAUUCAUACUUGCACAUCAUGAGCAGGGAGCGGGGCAUAUGGCAGAAGGCUACUACCGAACCAGCAAAAAGCCCGGCGUGGUUAUGGUGACUUCAGGGCCCGGGAGUUCGAAUACAGUUACACCUAUGCUAGAUGCCCUGCUCGAUGCAACGGCCAUUGUAGUGAUCUGUGGCCAAGUGCCCACAGCUGCCAAGGGCAAGGGAGCUUUCCAGGAAAUCAACAUUGAUGAACUAGCACGUACUUGUACGAAGUGGUCAACAUCUGUACAGAGCGUGUGGGAAUUGCCCAUGGUUGUUCGCUCGGCUUUUCAGCGUGCAGUGGAGGGCCGGCCUGGCCCAGUACUCAUUUCAGUUCCGAAAGAUAUUGCUCAAGUAACGUUCGAUGAGGAAGCUUUUAAGGCCUACAAGAACUUGACAGAUAGAUGCCUGGAACCAAGUUCCGAUUCUCCCAGCAAUAAUACCGCAAAAUCCUUGCAAGAACUAGAUCACGUUGCGGAACUGAUCAAUAAUUCUCGGCGUCCCAUCAUAUGCGCCGGGAAUGGUGCCCUUGCUACUCAAGAAGGCGUGGCGCUGCUGCGGAAGAUGGUGGAAAAUUAUCGCAUUCCUGCAGCUACCACGCUCCACGGGCUAGGGUGCUUUGACCACGGCGACCCACUCUCUCUAGGAAUGUUUGGGACCUAUGGGACGGCGUGUGCCAACUAUGCAAUCCAGAACGCUGAUCUCAUCCUCGUUAUGGGUGCCAGACUGGACGAACGUGCGGUUGGCAAAGCAUCUGGCUUUGCACCCUACGCUCGUGCAAAAGCCAAAGACGGCAAAGGAGGGAUCAUCCAUUUCGAUAUUAGUCCUGACUUUUUGGGGAAAUUUGUUACUCCCACUCGCGUCAUCCUCGGAGAGCUCUCAAACACUGUGAACGCGCUCCUCCAGCGAUUGAAACGGACAGAGCGCGCGGAUUGGCUGGGCCUAAUACAGCAGCUGAAGGAAGAGUAUCCUCUUCCACCCAUAUUAUCCGACCACGAGAACCCUCGGCCCCUUCCUCAAGAAGUUGUCACUGAGUUAAAUCGCCAGACGGCUUCUUUGCAAUAUCCAGUAACCAUCACUACUGGCGUCGGCCAACACCAGAUGUGGGCGGCCAAGCAAUACGACUGGAAGCAUGGUCGCUUUCUUGUCACGUCUGGUGGCCUCGGGACAAUGGGCUAUGGGCUUCCAGCCGCUAUUGGGUCGAAGACUGCUCGGCCUAACAAUGAUGUAAUCUGUAUAGACGGAGAUGCCUCCUUCUGUAUGACUAUGGCAGAACUCUUGACUGCAUCACAGCAUGGUGUCACCGUCAAAGUCAUCAUACUCAACAACCAAGAACAGGGGAUGAUUUCCCAGCUCCAACGCGAAAGUUACGGAGGGAGGACCUGCUACGCCCGGCAAGACAACCCCGACUUUGUUCGACUCGCGCGCAGCAUGAACUGUCAGGGAAAACGCUGCUUCUUCAAAGAGGACUUGCCCGAGUGCAUUGAUUGGCUUCUACGCUGUGAUGGAGUUGCUCUGCUCGACGUGCUAAUCGCGGAGGCAGAAAUGGUCCCCAUUGUCCCCAGUGGCCAAUCAUUAGACUGCAUGAAGUUCCAGUAA